GCCGAUAAGCAGGAACACAUCACAUUUACCAGAUUUUAUAACUGAGUGUAGACGGAACUUUUUUCCCCACGUGUCCUCGUUUCCAGACGGACCCGCGAUAUUAAUGUGCAAAUAUGGCAACCUGCACGAGGACUGCGCUGAAAGUCUUGGCAGGAUGUCAGAGGCAGCUGCUGAGUGCCGGCGGUCCCACGUACACCAGUCUCUCACAGACCGUGCCAAGGAAUUUGCCCGUCAGGACUUUUGCAGCAGUCAAGGCAAAGAAGAAGGACAAGAAAGAGGAGCCGGAGAAAGAGGUGAAGAAAGAGAGGAGGAUCAUCGAUGACAAAGACAGACACAAGCCCUUCGGCAAGACGGCCUGGGCGCCGGUGGACGACGUCUACAUCCAGAGGUUUUACACCAGGACUGUGUACGGCGUGGCCGACGCCAUCGACCUGCUCAAGAGCUUCCAGGUGCUGGACUUCACUCCGCCCAACCAGCCCGUUUACAUCGACCUGAGGCUGGACAUGAAGCUGGAGAAGAAGAAAAAAGUCGACCCCUUCGUCAGCACCGUGCACUUGCCGCACCCCUUCAAGACAGAGCUGAACACCGUUAUAGUUUUCACCGAGAAUGCUGAUCAAGCCAAAGUCGCCGAGGAGAACGGAGCGGUGUGUGUCGGAGGAGUAGAGCUCAUGCAGAGGAUCUUAGAUGAUGAGAUCUCCGCAGACUUCUACGUGGCGGUGCCGGAUAUGCUUCCUAAGCUCGUUCCCCUGAAAAACAAACUGAGAAAGAAGUUUCCCAAGAGCAAGAGAGGCUCGGUCGGCGUGAACAUUCCCAAGAUGCUGGAGAUUUUUAAGACGGGACACGAGUUCUUGGUGGAGGACGGCUGCUACAUCAGAACCCAGAUAGCCACGCUCGACAUGCCAAAGGAUCACAUCUUUGCCAACCUGCAGACCAUCAUGAUGGACGUCUGCUCCCACCGGCCGGCCAGUCUGGGUCCUUUCGUCGAGCGAGCCAUCAUCGCCAGUCAAACGAGUGAAUCGCUGUGGUUCAAUAGUGAGGACGUCUUACCCAAACCAGCAGAGGAGCAGGAGGAUGAAGUCGCAGUUUGAUAUUUAAGAAAUGUCUGUGUAUAUAAUCUCUGUAUUGAAUAAAGUGUUACUCUGAUUUUG